CCGUGUCUGUAUGUCUUGUCCAUUCGAUGUCACAUUUCGACGACUAGUAAUGUCAGGUUGUUAAUAACAUCUAUUUUUCCUUGUUUUGUUUCAAUAUGGAGGGUUCACCUAACCUAGAGACAGUCAUACAGGCUGUACAGACGCUAUAUCACAGUCCAGACGUAUCAGCGAAGGAGAAAGCGUCCCAGUGGCUUGGUGAACUCCAACGAUCGGUGCAUGCAUGGCAGAUAGCUGAUCAGUUAUUGAGGUAUAAACAAGAUGUGGAAUCCAGUUAUUUUGCAGCCCAUACCAUGAGAACAAAGAUCCAGUAUUCAUUCCAUGAGUUACCCGCCAACUCUCACACAUCUCUCAGAGAUUCGUUACUGAGUCAUAUUGAGACGUUGCCCCAAGACACAUCACAAGUGAUAUUAACGCAGCUAUGCCUGGCAUUAGCAGAUCUUGCGUUACAGAUGGUUGUGUGGAAGAAGGCACCAGUUGACAUGAUACAGAGGCAGGUGGCCGCUAUAUCCAGGUUGCCGUUAACACAGGAUUUACCCAAGUAUUACAUGUUAGCUCAUACACUCUUUGACAGCGUAAUGCAGUUACCAGAAGCAUAUCAUCUGUCUGUAGCUGAGGAGGAUAUUGACAAGUCAAUAAAUUUCUGUCGAAUAUUUACAGAGUUAGCGGAAUCAUUUUUAGAAUGCAUAAUCAAGAUGCCCGGUCAGGGGAUCGGUAGUCUUGCGUCACUUGAUCUUCUACUGACCUGUGUGGGUCAUCAUCAGUACGAAGUUGCCGAGAUUUGUUUCAAUUUUUGGUAUCGUUUAUCGGAGACGCUCUAUAAAGAUAAUAAUGAAGAAAUAAACGACUUGUUUAGACCGUAUAUUCAGAGGUUGAUUAACGCGCUGAGUAUUCAUUGUCAGAUGGAUUCAGAUCAUGAAGGUAUUCCGGAUGAAAAAGACGACUUUGGUGAUUUUAGAUUGCGUGUAGCCGAGCUAAUCAAAGACGUUGUAUUUCUUGUUGGUUCGUCAACAUGUUUUAAACAGAUGUUUGAAGCACUUUCAGCGCAAGGGGUUAAUACCUCAUGGAAUGUCACAGAAGCCGCACUGUUUGUAAUGGCAGCUGUUGCUAAAAAUGUGUUACCACAGGAGAGUGAAGCUGUCCCUCAAGUUGUAGAAGCUAUAAUAAAUUUACCCAAAGACGCCCAUAUUGCUGUCAGGUAUACCAGUACACAGUUAGUGGGAGAGCUGGGUGAAUGGAUAGAAGAACACACACAAUAUUUAGAUCCGAUUCUCGCCUUUCUAAUGCAGAGUUUACAGACUCCGUGCCUAGCGUCGGUCUCGGCGAACUCCAUUCAGUGUAUAUGUAACAUACUACGAGAUCAGAUGGCCGGCCAUUUUGAUGGUUUGUUACAAAUUACGAAAGCUGUUGACUCGUUUAAUUUAUCAGAUGACGCUGCUAUUGGACUCAUAAAAGGUACAUCGAUAAUUCUUGCCAAAUUACCAUCAGAGCUGGUGACAGAUGGUGUACGUCAGCUUGUUAUGGUACAGAUACAACCUUUGGGACAGCUCGUUAAGGCUGAUGCUCCCAAGUUAUCUCAUAAUAAUGAUCCUGCUAUAUGGUUAGACAGACUUGCUGCUAUUUUUAGGUAUGCCUCACCAACGGUUAAAAACGGUCAACCACAUCCAUGCCAACCUGUAUUCCUUGAGGUUUGGCCAGUCUUAUCAGAAGUUUUAAAUAAAUACAAAUCCGAUGACCGUAUUAUCGAGCGUUGUUGUCGGUGUUUGCGAUUUGCUGUAAGGAAUGUCGGCAAAUGGUCAGCCGUGUUAUUGACACCUUUAGUAACACAGAUGGUGAACGUUUAUCAACAACAUCAUCAUUCAUGUUUUUUAUAUCUGGGUAGUAUAUUAGUUGAUGAAUACGGUGACGAUCAAAGUUGUACACAGGGAUUAUUGGACAUGUUGCAGGCAUUUUGUAUACCUACCUUUUUACUUUUACAACAAAACAAUGGUUUUCGAGAUCAUCCCGAUACAGUAGAUGAUUUGUUCAGACUUGCAACACGGUUUUUACAAAGAUGUACAAUAGCGUUUUUACAGUUCAGUAUUUUGUCAGCACUGCUAGAAUGUGGGCUUGCAGCAAUAUCCUUAGAACACAGAGAUGCCAAUGCAUCCGUCAUGAAAUUCUUUAGAGAUCUUAUUUAUUCUUCAACGGGUAAUGAGAGUGUCUGUCGAUGGUUGGAAGCAGCUUUAAAAGCGUUGCCAACGGAGACAACCACUGGUGCAGUCACUGCCACUCAUAAACAGUUAACUGAGUUUCAUAAACAAGUUACAAGCGCUGAAGAUCAGAAAAAAGUUUCCUAUGCACUAAGGGACUUCGCCAGACUUUACAGAUAGUAUACACUGCUCUAUAACUUGGCUGGCUUUCCUGUAACCAAAUAAAUUGCUUAUUUUUGAUCAGCUCUUCUGUGAUGACUGGAUUAAAAAAUACUCUAUGCCUAGUACAGUUACUCAAAAUGUUAUACCUGACCUUUGACCUCCUGCCCAGAGCUGAAUAGUGGUUGCAUUUCAAACAAGCUUUUGACUUGAAAUAUGAAAUAUAGUAAUAUAUGCAUGCCCAAAAUUAUGGAGAAAGAUGUAAAUUCUAGUAUUCAAAACAAUUUUAGCCUAAAACAUAAGUAAAAACAAUCAACGUAUUCAGAAAUACUUUCCCACCGAGGAGUGUUCAUGUUUGGUUGAUCCACGGAAUCCCUAGUUUUAUACUUCUUGUUUUCAAACAGCGGGUCACUUUG